AUGGCGGGAACAAUUAAUAAACCCAAGAAACCCAAGUCGAAGCGCGUUACCUCGCGCUUGCGGCACAAGAUCGAAAAGAAGUCUGCGGCCAAGCAGAGGAAGGAGAGAAAGCUCUCCAAGAAGAACCCGGAAUGGCGCUCCAAGCUGAAGAAGGAUCCCGGCAUCCCCAACUCGUUCCCUUAUAAAGAGAAGAUCCUGCAAGAGAUUGAAGAGAACCGCGUGAAGAAGCAAGAGGCUGCCGCGAGGCGGAAGGAGCUGGCCAAGGCUGCCAAGACCGGCGCCUCGGCCGACGGAGGAGAGGACGAGGCCGGCUCUGACGUCGAGGGCUCUGGAGACGACGAGUUUGAUGACACCAUGGAGGUGGACGACGGCGCCAUCGACGAGGAGCUGCAGAGCGGGGACGAGGACAUGGACGGCGGCGACUCGGACGACGACUCCGACGUCCACUACGGCACGCAAGAGCAGGUCCCCGUCGGCCAGGCCUCCACCAAGAGGGCCUUUGAAAAGGUCUACAAGCAGGUGGUCGAGCAGGCCGACGUCAUCCUGUACGUGCUCGACGCCCGGGACCCCGAGGGCACCCGGUCCCGCGAGAUCGAGCGGAGCAUCAUGGCGGCCGCGAGCGGCGGCAAGCGCCUGAUCCUGCUGCUCAACAAGAUCGACCUCAUCCCCGGCGACGUCCUCAAGGCCUGGCUCGCCUACCUCCGAAGAUACUUCCCCACUCUCCCCAUCCGCGCCUCCAAACCCUCCCCCAACGCCCACACCUUUGACCACAAGGACCUGACGAUACAGGCCACCUCCGCCGCCCUCUUCAGGGCCCUCAAGGCCUACGCCGCCUCCAAGAACCUGAAGCGCGCCAUCUCCGUCGGCGUCAUCGGAUACCCCAACGUCGGCAAGUCCUCCGUCAUCAACGCUCUCCUCGCUCGCCUGAGCGGAGGCCGCGGCGCCAACUCCUCCAAAGCCUGCCCCGCCGGUGCCGAGGCCGGCGUCACCACCUCCAUCCGCGCCGUCAAGAUCGACAACAAGCUCACCCUCCUCGACUCCCCCGGCGUCAUCUUCCCCUCCAGCUCCCUCCAGACCGGCACCGGCGCCGUGCCCCUCAAGACCGCCUCCGACAAGCACGCCCACCUCGUCCUCCUCAACGUCGUGCCCCCAAGCAGAUUGAGGAUCCCAUCCCCGCCGUCACCCUGCUUCUCCGCCGCCUCUCCGCCCAGCCAGACUUUGUCAAGAAGCUCACGGAAGCCUACGAUCUGCCCCCUCAUCCGCGACGAAAAGGGUGACCCUACCACCGAUUUCCUCGUCCAAGUCGCCCGCAAGCGCGGCAGGCUUGGCAAGGGCGGGCUGGACGAAGCCCCCGCCGCCGCCGUUGCCGAGGCUUCCGCGCUCCAGGGCAUGGAGUCUGGUGCCCCCGUAGAGGUCUCUCCCGACGAAAAGGUUAUUGUGACCGAGUGGGCUGAAGAGUUCAAGCUCGACGGUCUAUGGGCCGACGCCACUGUUGACCAAGAUGCGAUGCAGCAAUAA